AUGUGGGUCCAGUGCCACAAGCUUUUCAAUAACCUCUUGCACUCGGGAACUGUAGGUGAAAGAACCCCUGGUGUUCGGAAUGUUGAUGUUGAGGUGGACCUCCCAGCAGAAUUGUCCAGGAAAGCUGAGGAGCAGCAUAAUGAUCUAUCAAGGAUCACUUUCAUAAUAUUUAAUGAUACAACACAGUUUGAGGAUGUAAAUGACACUAACCUUUUAAAUGGAAAUGUACUUGAAGUUAUAGUAGGAAACUCAAGCAUUCAGAAUCUUACAGAAUAUAUGAAUCUUACGAUUAAUCACAAUGAAAAGAUGCUGAAUAAUUGCUCUCAUCGGUGUGUAUCCUUGUCUGAAAAUGAAGAUGAUAACAUAACAGGUCACUGGGAUUCUGCUGGUUGUAAAACAACAGUGCGUGAUAAUCAAACCAUAUGCCAGUGUAACCAUCUGUCCUACUUUGCUGUGUUACUGAAGAACACUUUGGAUGAGAAUGUUUUGAUAUCUCUGAUGUACAUCUCACAGAUUGGUUGCGGAAUUUCUGCCAUCUUCUCAGCUGUCACAAUAAUCCUUUACUGUGCAUUCAGGAAGAUUAAAAGUGAUCAAGUCACCAAGAUCCACAUGAACCUUUGCGCUGCCUUAUUUCUUCUAAACAUAAACUUCUUGACCAAUGUAUGGCUCAGUACAGUGAGAAAUGAUGGUUUCUGUAAGACCAUUGCUGUUUGUCUACAUUAUUCAUUGCUGUGCACUUUUACCUGGAUGGGAAUCGAAGCAUUUCAGCUAUACUUGAUGCUGAUCAAAGUGUUCAACACUUAUAUAAGCCACUACAUACAAAAACUGGCUUUAAUUGGUUGGGGUAUUCCUGCUGUAGUGGUGUUUGUCUGUAUUGGAGCGGACAAAGAUAAUUAUGGCCUGUUUGUGACUGAAAUCCAGGACAAGAACAACACUGCUUCAAUGUGCUGGAUAACAAACAAAGUGGUCCAUUAUGUUACAAACUGUGGCUAUUUCAGCGUUAUAUGCUUUGGGAAUACAGCAAUGCUAAUCAUUGCCUGUGCCAAGUUAAUGCAUCUGCAAAGAGGGAGCACGACUGAGCAAGGGUCUGUUUGGAAAGAUCUAUGGACAGUUCUUGGUCUCUGCUGCUUAUUGGGCACAGCCUGGGCUUUAGUUUUCUUUUCGUUCGGACCGCUGUAUGUGACUCAAAUCUACCUGUUUUCCAUCUUUAAUUCCUUGCACGGAUUUUUCAUAUUCUUUUGGUACUGUGUGUUGAAACGACCAUCCAAAGAGGAAUUAAGCUUCACAACAACUUGGAAAAAUGAAGUGAAAGUGGAGCUACCUGUGCUCCAUUCACCUUUCUAA